AUGAGCUCGUCUGGUUCCAUCGUUUUGACUGGGAAGCGUAACUUGGGCUUCGAGACCAGCGUAACCAUGGGCAGGUUGUGCGGGGUUAGCCCGAACAGCCUCAGUCAUUCCACGUGUGUGUCGCGGGAAAAGCAAUUUGUCGUGGCGUCGGCGGCGUCCAAGAGCGAGCGUGCGGUGCAGCUGCCCUGCGAAUCCGGCCAGUACACCAAAGACGGCGAAUGCUGCCACGAGUGCCCGCCGGGGGAGGGCGUGGUCCGGCCGUGCGGCGCCAAGCAGACUGUCUGCGCGCAGUGUCUUGACAGCGAGACCUUCUCCGAGAAUUACAGCCACACCGAGGAGUGCCGAGCGUGCACCCAGUGCACGGGCCUGAUGCGGAUGGAGACCCCGUGCACCGACUCCAACGACGCCGUCUGCGUGUGCCACUACAACUUCUACUUCGACGCGCUGUCGGGGCGCUGCGAGCCGUGCACGGUGUGCCCGGCCGGCGAAGGCGUGUACGCCCACUGCGAGCACGAACACGACACAGUGUGCGAGGAAUGCGUGGACUUCACCUUCUCGGACCGCGACAGCUCGCUGGACCCCUGCCUGCCGUGCACCAUCUGCGACGACGAGACCGAGAUCCAACUGGCCCACUGCACGCCCGUUAGCGACACGGUCUGCCACAAUCCCCUGCUGCCCACCUACUUCCCAUCCAUCUCCUCCGAGACGGAACCGACGUCGCCCGCGUUCACCAACUACUUCCUCCCGGACGGCUCCGAGGGCCCGUGGCCGGGCGGCGAGACCACCACGCCCAGCGCCGGCUCGCCGCGCUUCCUGGGCCACGGUCUCAACGAGAACCUCAUCCCCAUCUACUGCUCCGUCCUGGCCGCCGUGGUGGUGGGCCUGGUGGCCUACAUUGCCUUCAAGAGGUGGAACAGCUGCAAGCAGAACAAACAAGCGGCCAACAACCGUGCGGCGGCGGCGGCAGCGGCAGCGACAAACAACCAAACGGUGACUCCGGAGGGCGAGAAGCUCCACAGUGACAGCGGAAUCUCUGUAGAUAGUCAGAGUCUACAGGAACAGCAACAGCAGCAACAGGCGCAGGCCGACAUACAGGCUCAGCCUCCGUGGUCACACGCACAGGAACAGAUAGCAGUGGUCAGCGUGGACGACGGUCCCGAGCUGGUCACACCCCCUCCCAAAGUCUGA